CUUUAUAGCAAGUACUACUAGAAUUAAUUAAAAACCCAUUGCAAGCUGCUUGAUUCCAUCAUGAUCAAAUCAUUAGUGAGUGUUUCAAACAUGUCGUCAAAUAGUGAAAAUGAAGGAGAACAACCACACUAUACAGAAAUCUUUGUAAGUAUACCACCUACUAGGCAUACUUCAGAAUGUAGACAUCAUAUCGUCAUUUCCCAUUUUUCUGCUGCCCUCUUUCACUAUCAAGCAAUACGUGAGGGUAAUGUCAUAAUGAUGAACCGGAGGUAAACCACCGAGGCGACUAUAUAUACACUAAGGUAUCCUCCGAAUAGAUCAAGCUGCACCCCUAAUUUCAUUCAAUCCCAGUAUCAAAUUCAACCGUACACAGGAAGCACCAAAAUUAUUUCCUCAAAAUGUCUAGCUCCGAAUAUGCCAGAAGCGUCGUGGCUGAGAUCUCCAGCCAUAAUCUUGAUACCUGGGUGCGGCCAGGUACCUUGACUAAAGAGGCCGAAGAGUCUGUGAGAGGCCACAUCCACCAGGAAUUGACAAGCUGGAUCUUCUACCGCAAGCUCGCAGCAGACUGUUCCCGGGCCAACAUUGCCCUUCAUGGAUUUGCAAUGCUGUGGGAAAGAAGUGCCAUGGAAUGUAUGCACGACAUGCACUGGAUGGAAAAGUACCUGGUUACUCGUGGCGGUCGAUCGAAGCCAACGGCUAUAGAAGCACCUCAGGUCGAAUGGCCAGAUAACCCCGUCGAGCCCUUACACCCUUGCCAGGAAGCAUUCACCGUCGAGAAGAAGCUCCUGGAGGAUCUGGAGCGAUUGUGCUCGCUGGCACAGAAGACCGGAGAAACCGCUCUCUCGGACGCCAUCCAGAGACGCUUCCUGCGCAAACACUCCAAGCACAUUAAAAAUUUGGCUGAUCUGAUCCAACAGGUAGCUAGGGUAUCCAAGCAGCCUGGCCUUGGAUUGUAUCUUCUGGACCGUGAGUUGCGUAAACACACGGGCAUGAUUCCCUGGGAUGCCGUUAAUGACCCUGAUAUCCAAGACAAGGGCAUUGAACUACUCAACAAGAGAAUCAGCGAGGGCCUGGGUUUGGGUGGGAUGGCAGACCACUGUGGACGUGUAUCAUCGCCUGUUGAUCUCUGAUGGGUGGGUGAUGGUGAUGCGAGUGCGUGUAAUAGUUGUUGACAGUUAUGUG